GCUUCCGGACGCGGUGAAACGGCAGCGAAGAAGGAAAACACCGCACGUAGCUACUACAUGGAUUCAUUGGAAUGACAAGACGCCAUCCAUAAAUACCGAGGAGACGCCAGCACCUUCCAGAGUGGAUUCAUGAGGACGAAUACCCUUCGAAAACGAUGUGUUAACGGUGUUUUACGUCGGGUGUCCGCGAAUAAGCGUUGUUUUUUUUUUACUGAGUAGCCGUGUUUUUGUUUUCUUGCUAGCUUAAGCCAGCGUAGCGUUAGCUGGUACGCUUGUCCUUAUUCCUGAUAUAUCACUCAAUUAGUACAGGAGGAGACGGUGCUGUGCGUGUUUGAUUGCGAUUGACAAGCGUUCAGGAUUUGCUUUUUUUGGUCACUUUGCAAGGUAGACCGCUUUGGAAACGUUCGUUCCUCACUGUCAAAGACAAGUAAGUUACAAAAGUGAUAGUUUCCCUAAAAAUAUCCAGGGCACGUUUGGGGAAACAAAACAUUGUGUCUGAAGUGACUCGUCAACGUCUCAACAAAUGGACAAAAUGGAUGUGAUCUGGACUUCAGUCUCCACACUGGCAACACAGCAGAUACUUUGUAAAUAACACUUCCCUGUCAGUCCACUACUUUCUCCUCCUCUUUACAAACCGUAUCUUGUUUUGGAAUUUGACUGAAGUGGAGGAAGUCUUCCUUGUUUUAUUUUUGUUUCCGGCUUAACUUCUUUUUGACUUUAACUUAGGCUAGGCUCUUCAGCUCAACAGUGAAGGAUGAAUGGCCUCUCUUUCGGCGAGCUCUGCUGCCUGUUCUGCUGCCCGCCCUGCCCCGGCCGCAUCGCAGCCAAGCUUGCCUUCCUGCCCCCUGAGCCCACGUACGCCUUUCUUCCAGACCCAGAGGCAGUCCCUGCUGCAACGGGGACAUCCAGCCUGCGGGCGCGGAGCAUUGCAUCAGUUGCUGGAAGCGGAGGGGCCGUACCCUUGGAUGGGAGGUGGAAGCUCCAUCUGACGGAGCGAGCGGAGUUCCAGUACUCGCAGAGAGAGCUGGACACGACAGAGGUGUUCCUCACACGGUCCAGCCGAGGAAACCGAAUCGGUUGCAUGUACAUUCGCUGUGUCCCUAAUGCCAGAUUCACAGUGCUCUUCUCCCACGGCAACGCCGUCGACCUGGGCCAGAUGAGCAGUUUCUACAUCGGCCUCGGCACCCGCAUCAACUGCAACAUCUUCUCCUACGACUACUCAGGCUACGGUGUCAGCACUGGCAAGCCCUCUGAGAAGAACCUCUAUGCAGACAUAGAUGCUGCCUGGCACGCCCUGCGCACGCGGUAUGGCAUCAGCCCAGAGAAUAUUAUCCUGUAUGGACAGAGCAUUGGUACAGUACCCACUGUAGACCUGGCGUCACGGUACGAGUGUGCCGCCGUGGUUCUUCACUCACCUCUAACAUCUGGCAUGAGAGUGGCCUUUCCUGACACAAAGAAAACGUAUUGCUUCGACGCGUUCCCCAACAUUGAGAAAGUGUCCAAAAUCACAUCCCCGGUGCUCAUCAUCCACGGGACGGAGGACGAGGUCAUUGACUUCUCCCACGGCCUGGCUCUGUUUGAGCGCUGCCCCAAGGCUGUGGAGCCUCUCUGGGUGGAGGGAGCGGGACACAACGACAUUGAAUUGUACAGCCAGUAUCUGGAGCGCCUGCGCCGCUUCAUAGGACAGGAGUUGGCGGUACAGCACGCCUGACCGUCGCCACCAGGAUCAUCCUCAACGUCCUCAUUACCAUUUUUCCGUGUCCAAGAUGGAGACGUGUCCAAGAGUCAUCUCCCUCCGCUUACCACUGCUCCCGGGGGUUUAACGCUUCCCAUACUGCAGUGCUUUAUUCCCGGGGCACAGUACGCCUUUAAUGGACCAUGGUUUGAUGCGACAUGGAGACAACAAGUGUGUUCAUAAACACCCGGAAGUGCGUGAGUGUGAAAGUCUUCACAAACUGCAUUUUUCGACUGUUUUCUUUUCUCUUUUUUUUUUUUUUUUAGCAGUUACUUUAACAGUACAGCUGCCAUGUGUUACGUGGCAGCAAAUAUAUUCCGAUGCUGUGCAAUAAUACGGACAGUGUCCACAGGAAAAAAUACUUCAAAUGAUUUUAAAGGAGAUUUAACACGACAACAAACUCAUAAGUAAUCAUGUAGAUCAAUUGCAUUGUGGUCCGCAUGAACAUUUUCCAUCAAUUUUCCAGCCUACUCAUAGUUUGUGUGUAACUUUGAAUUGGAUAGUUAAAUGGUAAUGGUGGAGAAUGGGGAAACACUAAAGAAGACUUGUGUUGGGGAAUAUUUUAGUUUUCUAAAGAUCAGAAUAGCAAACAAGGUUUGUAACUAAGUUCUGAGGUUUCUGUUAGUAAGCCCUGUCCAAUUUAAUGCAAUUCAAAGCACUACAGCCAUGUUUCCAUUCACACUUUUUUUUUUUUUUUUUUUUUUUUUGCGCAUUUCGAAGUAUCACGUAGGGCUGGACCUGUAUAUGCGACUGCUCGUUCGUUGGUGGGGUAUUCGGUUUUACAUUUUUGGGAUUCUUUUUUCAAUAGGCCCAACCUAGAAUAACAGAAUCCUUAAAGGAACACGCCGACUUAUUGGGACUUGAGCUUAUUCACCGUAUCCCCCAGAG